CAUGGAUGUUGACAUUUCCCAACUCCUCACCGUCUCCCAUCGGGCUCUUGGAGGAUGGGAUUGCCUUGGAAGGCGGCGGCUUGGUCUUCGGGUGGCUUUCGGGGCCGCGUGAAGCGCAAGCACGCGUUCCGACCACGGAAGCAAAACCAUCAUCUUUGCGCCGCUCCCGGCCCUUUGAUUGGUGGCCGCAUCGCAGCUACGGUUACGGCUCGCAAGUCCUUCCCCGCCAUGCAUGCCGCGUUAGGACCAGCUUGUCUGAUCACUACUUUUUGUUUGGUGACGGCCAGCCUUAACUUCAGGCACCGGACGUGUUUGUUUCUCCGUGGGGCUAGGAUCCUCAUCCAUGGCGUCUCACGGAUCUCACAUCUCAACUUCACUCAACGGUUCAAGUGAAGCUGGUUCCUGCCAAGACGGGCCGCGUUUCAUCAGCAGUGGAUAUCAUCGCUGGCGUUGGUGUCGAACAGGGUCGAAACUUAGUCACUCCCGUCCCACGACAGAUGUGUAGCCUGCCCCACAUUCAAGUUACUUUCAAGGAAGUCCCGUUGGUCAUUAGUGUCGUACAUCCGGAG